AUGGGUUUUUGGUUUCUUGGAACUGUAUUGGUGUUUUGGCUCUGUUUCUUACGAAAUUGUAAUAGUGAGCUUAUAAGUGCACUACCUGGGCAACCGAGUAAUGUCUCGUUUCAACAACAUUCCGGCUAUAUUGUCACGAACAAAGAACACGGCCGAUCGCUCUUCUACUACUUCGUCCAAGCCGAUUCGGUUAAUCAUUCGUCUCUUCCCUUAACCCUGUGGCUCAAUGGAGGGCCAGGGUGUUCUUCUCUUGGUUUUGGGGCAUUCAUGGAAAAUGGACCAUUUCAAGUUGGUGAGAAUGGAGAACUUGUCAACAAUCAACACUCUUGGAAUUUAGAAUCCAACAUGUUAUAUGUCGAGUCGCCUAUUGGGGUCGGUUUUUCUUACUCAGAAACAGAUGACGACUAUAUAGAUUGGAACGACACAAAUACUGCCUCCGAUAAUUUGGUAUUUUUAAUAAAAUGGCUCGAAGAAUUCCCGAUGUACAAAGACUCGCAGUUCUUUUUGAUCGGAGAAAGUUACGCAGGCCAUUACAUUCCACAGCUAGCAGAAUUGAUAUUGGAGUAUAAUAAGAGCCCAAAUAUUACUCAAAUCAACCUCAAAGCCAUUGCUAUCGGAAAUCCGCUUUUGGAUAUCGAUAUCAGUGUUCUUGCAGGAGAAUAUUUAUGGUCCCACGGUGCAAUAUCAGAUAAGACACUGAUGUUGGAAAAAACUGUGUGCAACGACUCAAAAUACCUUCGAGAGUACGUCCAUUCAGGUUGGUCACAGGGUUGCAACGAUGUUUUCAAUCGAGUCGCUAAUGAAGUAGGUGUCGAUGUUCCGUAUGACGACCUGCUUUUGCCGAAAUGCUUGUCGACGCCGUCAUCUCAACAAUUUAAACCUCGAGGGUUACAUGCAAAAGCACAAUCAUCGAUCGACAGAAUUACCGGUGACCCGUGUUUGAAAUCAAGGAUUUUUACGUAUCUAAACAGACACGACGUUCAAAAGGCACUUUAUGCCAACACAACCGAUCUUCCAGGCCAUUGGGACUUCUGUCUAGGGCCUUUGGUUUAUCAAGAAGAGAAUCUUGAAAUAAACAUAAUUCCACUCGUCUCCAAUCUCUUAAAGGCUGGCCUUCCAAUUUGGCUUUACAGUGGGGAUCAAGAUUCAAAAAUCCCACUUACACAAACAAGAAUCAUCGUUAAUAAUAUCGCGAAAGAGAUUAACCUCACGACUCUCACGAAAUAUAGGACUUGGUACAGUCAUAAUCAGGUGGGAGGUUGGUCGCAAGCAUUCGGGGGAUUAAAAGACGGAAAAAACGUUAUGUAUUUGACAUAUGCAACGGUGCGAGGAGCGGCCCAUGAAGUUCCGUUCACGUCUCCAUCACAAGCUCUAACCCUCUUCCGCAGUUUCAUUAACGGAUCCGCGCUCCCUCGCCCCAAAUCCUAA